AUGCCGGCUAUGGCCCGUCUCCUCCCGCGACCUGCACAAACACGGCAUCUUCCACAUCUAGUCAAGCGGUCGUAUUCAUCGCCGACCAUGCAGCCGCACUAUUCCUCGGGCACCGACGAGGCCGCCGCCGCCACGUCGCUCACAGCCCUCCUCACAUCCUCAGGCGGCAGUUGGACGCUAUCCAGUAAUGGAAGCGCCAUCGAACGAAGCUUCAAGUUCAAGACAUUCGCAAAGACUUGGGACUUCAUGACGGCCGUGUCUCUGCAGUGCAAAAUCAAGAAUCACCACCCCGAGUGGUCCAAUGUCUAUAAUUCGACCUUUAUUCGUUGGACCACCCACAACCCGCCAGGCCUUUCGGAAAAGGACCUUGGCCUGGCCGCCCUCUGCGACACCAUAGCCAAGGACUUUGGGGAGCUGGCGCCCGAGCCGGCAAGCUGCGAAAUGAGAACCAUGGCCGACAAAGCGGCCGUGGCGGCUGCGGAUUGCUGUGCGCCAAAGAAAUGA